AUCCUUUAUUAUCUUUGUUGUAGAAACUGAAUGGGAUUUAUGUAACAGGUACAACUAUGGCUGAAGAAAUCAGAAAGAGAUUUGAUUUUCCUAACACCCUUAUACAGUCACAGACUGUGAGCCACCUUGUUGCUGCUGUGCUGAAAGAAAACAUUUCAUCCAAGAAGAUAAGCCAGUCAACGAACCAGACCCCUGCAUUAAACUUGCUUUGGGAAAAGUGCUACAGUGACGAUGUGGUCAUUCGGACAGCGUGUUGUGAGGCACUGGUCACACUUACUGCGCAAGGUCAUGCAGAGUUCAGUUAUGUUCUUAAUGGAGCCCUCAACCUGAUUCCUUCUGCCAGGAACGUCCAUGGUUUGAUAAAAACCAUUAUAAAGCUCCUAGAAAUGCAAGCGUGGCAGAUGACCAAGAGUGGGGAGGAACAACUUGGGGAAUUUCAUGCAAUCAGGAACUCCCCUCAUCCCCUGAUUACUGUGCUUGAAAACAGACCUGACUGCUGGCCAGUUCUCCUACAACAGAUGACAAUAUUUUUUCAGCAGUGUCCAGGAAGCACAGAGAGUUCACGUGUCCUUAUAAUGAGACCCUUUUUAAGAUACUUGUAUUGUGAGCCCUGCCAACUGCAGGAACAUGCUGAAUUACGGAUGGGCUUGCUUCGAGUCUUACUUCAGCCGUGUGGGCUUCGGAACAAGGAAAAACCCUCUGUCCUUGAAUGCCAUCUUCUUGAGCUCUUUUGUGACUUGGUUCCGUAUUAUCAGAUUAAGGACCUGCCACAAAUCACAGAAACCCUGCUUUUUCUGGAGGAGUUGUUCCAGAGUCUGCUACGCUACCCUGUUUUUUGGACUGUCCAAUUACACCAGCUGUGCUUGCAGCUUUUGUGCUUUUGUGAGAUUUGCCUGCAUAUCACAGGGGAAUGCUCAUCUUUAAUCUGCUUAAUGGGAGAAAAUGUUGAGCUCUUGAAAGAGGGAUUUCUGUGUGAGCUGAUGCUGAUUGGAUUAGGUCUGCUUCUUCUGCAGGCUCCAGCUAGUCAGCAGAAGCCUAUCUUAAAUUUAGCCAUCAAGCUCCUUUCCUGUUCUGAAACUGAGAUGACUCUUGCUGCAUCACUCACCCUGGUAAUGCCUGUCCUGCAGAUCUUAUCUUCUGCAGCUGUAGAUGAUUGCAUGUCUGAGGAAGAAGAUGGCAUCAGUAGGAAGCAGUUGGCAAUAAAUCUUCUAGAAAUUGUACAGCAUGGAGAACUGAAAGGAAAAAAGGAAUCGGCCUCCUGUAUGCACUUCUUUCCCCUAACCAAUACUUAUGGCUUAUUGUAUACUACUUGGAGGAUCCUUGUGCUUAUGAAAGAGAAGUCUUCUGUGUCUGACUGGCUGUCUUCUGUUAAAUCAAUGCUGCCUAUUACAACUCAAGUCCCUGUCCAGGUUUUCUUUUUGCUGGCCUACCUUCUCGUUGAAGAAAGUGGACCUGUCCUUCGUAGUGUAUUAGCCACCACCACAGAAAUAGCCAAAGCAGAUUCAUCUCAGGUGCCAAAUCUGAUUCCAGUCCUGAUGUUUAAACUGGGGAUGCCACUGCAGCCAGUACUCUAUCGGGAUAUCUUGUAUACUUUGCCUGCUUUGGGUGUGCAUAAGGUCUGUGUGGCUCAGAUUCUGCGUGCGCUACAGGUGUUGGGAAGUACUCCGAAGCUUCAAGCCAUUACUUUACGACUGAUGACAUCUUUGUGGGAGAAACAGGAUCGAGUUUACCCAGAAUUGCAGAGAUUCAUGUCUAUGUGUGAUAUGGCUUCUUUAUCUGUGAGCAAGACUACUCAAUGGGAAAAAAUGAUUGCUAAAGCUGCUUCUAUCAGAGAUAUAUGCAAGCAAAGGCCUUACCAACAUGGAGCAGAUAUGUUGGCUGCAAUUUCUCAUGUAUUGAAUGAAUGCACAAAACCUGACCAAGCCACACCUGCUGUCUUAGUGUUGCAAGGUCUUCACGCACUUUGUCAAGCAGAGGUUGUUUGCAUUCGUUCUACGUGGAAUGCGCUUUCUCCAAAGCUGAGCUGUGACACCCGACCAUUCAUUUUAAAAACAUUGAGUGAGCUGUUCUCCCUGGUGCCUUCAUUAACGGUGAAUUCAAAUGAAUAUGAGAAAUUUAAAGUCCAAGUUCUCAACUUCCUGUGGAGCCACACGCAAAGCAAGGAUCCUCUUGUGGCCAUCUCUGCAUACAAAUCUCUCUCGGAAUUUGAUUCUGAAGAACACACCAUUCUUCAUCUUCCCAAACAGGCGAGACCAGAACUGGACCAACAAGAAGAUGUGGAUGUAAAUGAAGAGGAGGAGGAAGGGAAAGAGGUUGACCUUUCUGUUCCUGGUUCCUCAUAUGUCAAAUUAUUGUUACUCACACCUCUUCCUGUUUUACCAGCAUUUGAAGAGUUUGCUGCAUCUCUGUUGAAACAGGAGAUGGCCAGCAUGCCUCGUGGAAUAUACCAUUCUUCAAUGAGAGGAAGUGCUGUUCAGUCAGAUCGAGGGAAGACUGUAUCGGGAGUCCCAAGCUUCAUGCUAAAAAUGUAUGAAAGGAACAAGCAGCCAGGGUUGAAGCCUGGCCUUGCAGCCGGCAUGUUGCUGUGUUACGAUCUUCCAAUCCAUAUGGGCAAAGAUGGCAAACCUAUCAGCCGAUUUCUAGCCAGUAGGGGACGCAAUUUCCAGCAAAUGUUGAUUGCUCUCAUCCAUGAGGUAAACAUUCAGCCUUCAGAGUGGCACCGCUCUCUGCUGCUUCCUCAGUCUUGGGCAGGAUUUAUGGAAAGAACAUUUCAUGCAGCUUUGCAAGGAAGGCAAGCAGAGCUAGAGAUGCAGUUAAAGCAUGGGAGAGAAGGACCCGAAGAGUUACAAUACAAACAAUUUACAGCCUGGCUCUGGGUCAGAGAUAUGCUGACUGAUGUAAUCAAGGGUGCUUCAAAGGACAGCCCUGUGGUGAAAGGGAAUUGUCUUCUAGCGUUAACAGGCCUUGCAGUGGCAGUAGCAAAACAUGAGAAGGGGCUUUCUUCAGACACAGAAGAAGGACUCGAUAUUGAGCCAGACUUUCUUCUGACCAAGCACUGGAUCUCAAUGGUCAUAGAUACUCUCCUUAGUAUUGUAGACAGUCACUAUCAACCUAAAGGUCGGAUUUUUCCAUGGUUUUAUCAGAAAUCCUACUCUGGUGAAAAUACCGCCAGUGCCAUUGCACGUUCCUGUGCAGCGACUGCGUUGUCUCUCUUGGUGCCAGUUUUAACUGUGUCCUACAAGGAGAAGGUUGAGGAAGUCCUGAGUACUCUGGUGGCCAUGCUUCCUGGGAAACCAAACGCCGAUGAGUCUCAGGCCGUUCAAAUUCACAUGGGCCUUGCCUUGGGGAUGUUUGUCUCACGGCUAUGUGAAGAGAAAGUCAGUGAGGUAUCCGACAAGCAAAUGAAUCUGCUUUUGAUGAAGUCCCUGGAUACAUUAGAGGAGUGCUGCUUUGACACAAGUCUAGAAUACAACACUGGAUGCAUCUUGGGCGUAGGACUCGUCCUGUCACUAAUGAGUCACAGCAGUCAAACUGGUGCUCGAGAUCAUGUCUCUACUUCACUACGUAAACUUUGUCAAUACUUGGAUGAUGCAGAAUAUCAAAGCAGAACCUUCCAGGAGAUUCUAGCUUAUUCGGUUGCCUACGUUUGUGUCUCUGCUUUCAGCGUUGGGAUUAUAGAAGGUGCAGAAGCUGAGGAACUCAUGAACAAGUUGCAGAAAUUAGUAGAAAUUAACCAGCAGACUUCAGGCUUUGCUCUAGCAUUAGGCAGCAUUGUUCAUGGAUUGUCUGUAUGUGGACAUGGAAAAGCAGAAGACCUCAGCAACCGGCUCCUUCCUGCCUGGAUAAAAAUUGUACUUGCUGAGGGAUGCCCGACAAUGCAACGGCUGGCAGCAGUCAAUGGUCUGGUGUCUUUGGUGGGUUCUGAAGGAGCCAUGAUACAGCUGAAAUCUGAGGCUAUCCAGUCUUCUCAGUUUCAAGGCAAACUUAAUGAAGUCAUCAGAACCCUGAGUCAGAUAAUCAGCUUUUCUGGAGUGAUUGGCCUUCAGACAAAUGCAGCAUGGCUUCUGGGACACCUGCAUCUCUCCAGUGUGUCUGCGACUCACAGCCGAGUCUCUGUUCCUCCAGACUUUUGCUACUUGCCUGAGAAGAGCUUUCUUAGGGCAGCUAUUGACUUUGUUGUUGAUGGUGGAAAGAAAGGCCCUGAACUAUUUCCUCCCCAUUUGGUAAAGGUAGCCUUGGCGCCUAUUGCAUUAACUGGAGAAAGCUACCAGUAUCCACCAGUCAACUGGGCCUCAGUUCUUUCCCCUCUAAUGCGACUGAAUUUUGGCGAAGAGAUACAGCAGCUGUGCAUUCAAAUAGCUGUGACCCAGUCCCCGUCAUCUCAGAAUGCUGCAAUGCUUUUGGGGAUGUGGGUAGCGCCGCCUCUAGUGUACAGUCUAAAUAUGCAAACCAAAAAAUUCCUUUUUACUUCUUUGCCGCUGUGGAUGAAAUAUGUUGCGGAAGACAAGCUGCAGGCUUUCACGGAAGUGUUUAUGGUGCAGCAUUUUGAAGCAGAGAACUACCUGGAAAACCUGGAGUACUGCCGCAGUAUUUUGCAGGGACUCAGCCAAGCCAUGAAACUUCCCAGCCCUGCCCAGUGCAGCUGGAGCUUUCUCUGCAGGGCCGUUGAGAGAAUAUUUGGGCUUUUGCCUAAUGAGAUUCGGUCGAAUGAAGUAAAGAUGUACAUAGAGGCAGCAAAAUGUCUGUCAGAAAUGGCAGAUACGGAGAUUGACCGAAUUUCCCAAGUCUCAAAGAACAAUUUGGAAAAAGUCACUUUUGUCAAAGUUUAUUUAGUUUCUCAAGGCCGAUUUCCUUUGCUGAGAUGGAAUGAAGUGAUUAGUAUUGCGGCAGGGUAUCACCAGAAAGAAACAAUUGUAUGGAUGCUACUGCACAGCUUCUACCAGGCACGAAUUGUGAGCCAUGAAAACACAGGAGUCUUAAAGAGAACGGAGUGGCUAUUGGAACUGAUGGGCUAUAUUAGGAAUGUUUCCUUAAAGAUGACGGCUGUACAAAACAUGGCUCCCAAAGAGGCUGUCAACUUCCUGUUGUGGAUCUUUGCUGCUGCUGUAGUUGCCUGGGCAGACCAUGCUGCACCAAUGCUGCUUGGGCUCUGUGCUGACUGGUUGUCUGGGGAAAGUGAAACAUCAGGAAUCUCUGCAAACUACUUGGGCAAACGUCCAGUAGAUACUCUGGCUGUCCAAGAAACUCUCACUCUUCUGCCAAGUAGCUUAAAAAAUCUGUUGGCUAAAGAGCUUUGGAAAGAACAAACACAAAAGUUUAUUGACUGGCUGGUUAGUAUAAUGGAGAGCCCAAAAGAAGCAUUGUCCCACUCUUCUAGAGAUCUUCUGAAAGCUACACUGUUGGCCUUGAGGUCCCUCCCUGAGUUUAAGAAGAAAGCCGUAUGGACAAGGGCCUAUGGCUGGUAGCCACAUGGUU